AUGAGUGGGAACUUGCCCCCCUCAGCCAAAGGAAAGGACAGCAAGAGGUUCAAAGGGGACAGCAGGGUCAACCACGGCCCCUCCAGAGUGAUCCACAUCCACAGUCUGCCCAGCAGUGUCACGGAAACAGAGAUCCUCUGUCUCGCGCUGCCUUUUGGAAAGGUCUCCAACCUACUGUUUCUGAAGGCGAAGAACCAGGCUUUCAUGGAGAUGAGCACGCAGGAGUCCGCCAACACCAUGGUCAACUACUACACCUGGAUGACUCCUGUGCUGCGUGGGCAGCCCGUUCACAUCCAGUUCUCACACUACAAGGAGCUCAGGGUAAGCAACCCCCCCAGCCAGAUGGCUGCCCUGAGUCCGGUGGGUGCCCUUAGCAGGGAGGCUGUCUGCAGCCAGGUGGCUGCCCCCGGCCAGGCUGCUGCCUCCAGCCAGGUGGGUGCCCAGCCAUGCCUGCCAGCUGAGGACCCCUACCAGGCAUGGAAUGUGGCCUCAGCCACCCCUGCCUCUGCUGUGGCCACGGGGUUAGUGGUGGCCGGGCAGGGAACUGUGCUCAGGAUCCUUGUGGACAACUACUUCUACCGCGUGACCUUGGAAGUGCUGCACCAGCUCUUCUCCAGGUUUGGCACAGUUCUCAAAAUCGUCACGUAUACCAACAACAACCGGUUCCAGGCGCUGUUACAGUAUGCUCACCCGUUGAGUGCCGAGUGUGCCAAGCUGUGCUUGGAUGGACAGAACAUCUAUGACGCCUGCUGCACACUGCACAUUUACUUCUCUGGGCUCACCAACCUCAUAGUCAAGUACAACAACGACAUGAGCCGAGACUACACACGUCCAGACCUGCCCUCAGAUGAAAGUCAGCCCUCUCUGGUCCAGGUCCAGAACAUGGCCACAGCCGUCCCUGCACCUGUCAUGACCUCAGCUUCUCCCGAUGCAAGCACUGCAUCAUCUCACACCUUUGCAAUUCCUCAAGCUGCAGGCUUGGCCAUGUCAGAAGUGUUAAAGGCCCUGGCCCUGAAAGCAAUACCGGAAGUGACUGCAGAAUCAGCAGCAGAAGCAACAUCAACAGCAACAGCAGGAGCACUGGCAGCAGAAGCAGCAAUAGCAGCAGCAGCAGCAGCAGCAGCAGCAGCAGCACCUGGGGCAGAGAGCUCAAUGGUCACCUCAGGCUCCUCAGGUGUGGGGAACCCUGUCCUCCUGGUUGCCAACCUAAACCCUGAGAAAGUCACACCCCAAAGCCUCUUCAUUCUCUUUGGUGCCUAUGGCGAUGUGCAUCGCGUGAAGAUCUUGUUCAACAGGAAGGAGAACGCGCUAGUGCAGAUGGCAGAUGGGAGUCAGGCUGAGCUGGCCUUGAAGCACCUGAAUGGGCACAAGCUGCAUGGGAAGCCUCUCUGUAUCCUGCUGUCGAAGCACCAGAGUGUGAAGCUGCCCCGGGAGGGCAAGGAGGACCAGGACCUCACCAAGGACUAUGCCAACUCCCCGCUGCACCGCUUUAAGAAGCCCGGGUCCAGGAACUUCCAGAACAUCUUUCCACCCUCAGCCACCCUACACCUCUCCAACCUACCCUCCUCAGUAUCUGAGGAAGAGCUNAAGAUCCUCUUCUCUAGCAGCGGGGGUGCUGUCAAGGCCUUCAAGUUCUUCCCCAAGAACCACAAGAUGGCGCUGAUCCGGAUGGGCUCCGUAGAGGAAGCCAUCCAGGCCCUUGUAGACCUGCAUGGCCAUCCCCUAGGCCAGAACCAUCACCUGCGAGUCUCCUUCUCCAGGGUCACUAUCUAG